CGGCUAGCCGCUGCCCCAUCCAGAGACAUACCAAUGUAUGCGGAACCUCUCCUCUCUUUAUAAACCAGCUCCACAGAUUCGAUGCACAAGCUAUUAUUGCAGUCUACUAUACUACCACCCUGUUUUGACAGGGACACCUCCGCUCUCAAAUCCCGUGACCCCUCCUUGAAAAUAAUGUCGGAUAGCCGAUGAUAAAUUUACAACCGAAAAAUGGCACCCGGCGAAUCCAAAGAUGAACGUGACGAAAGAGUCGCGAAACUCUGGCAGAGCUUAGGUGUCCGAAAGGACGGCAGUCUUGACCUCAAUGGUUUGAAAAAGGGGCUGAAAAAGAUUGAUCACCCCCUCAAAAAUGCGGAUAGCAUGCUUCAGAAUAUUUUGAAAGCGGUUGACACCAAUGGUGACGGGUAUAUUGACUACUCCGAAUUUCGGACCUUUGUCGAUCAGACCGAGCAAGGGUUAUGGCAGCUUUUCCAGACCAUCGAUCGUAAUCAUAACGGUGAAAUCGACAAGAACGAACUCAAAGCCGCUUUUUCCAACGCCGACGUGACGGUAUCCAGCGCUAAACUGGACGCAUUCUUUGCGGACGUGGACACGAACAGCGAUGGUGUCAUUACUUAUCCGGAGUGGAGGUGCGUGCUUCAUCGGUCAAGUGGACCCUGGCUAUGGUUAAUCCCGGUGAUAUAUAGGGAUUUCCUUCUCUUCCUGCCUGCCUACUCCAACUUGCGCGCUGUCUUGUCAUAUUACACGGCCACGGGAAAUCUAAACCCGGAAGGAGAUGUCCACAUCAAUGAUCUACAGGGUUUAGGUACAGACCACUCGUUUCCUAAGCGUUAUAUCUUGGCCAUAAAGAACCUUUUGUACAAUAUUCUCCCAGUUCACGCAUUGGCAGCCCUAAUCCCGUCAGCUUAUGCGGAAGUCGGCGGGGCACUCAACUUUGGGGUUGCGCUUGAGAAUGAUUCUGUAUCCUUAGACGGUGACUCCGAAUUGGAGUGGCUGCCUGUACCCAGGACUGUCGCCAUGUGGAUGUCCUUCCGAUAUUAUGAACGAAAGUUGACAGAGAACACUCCUCAAUUAGGUUAUUUUAUUGCCGGCGGGAUUGCAGGUGCCGUAUCAAGGACAGCAACGGCGCCUCUUGAUAGACUUAAAGUCUAUCUCAUUGCCCAGACCGGUGCGAAAUCGGCAGCUGUCUGUGCGGCGAAGGAUGGUGCUCCGCUGCGGGCGGCAGGGAAUGCGUCAAAAUCCCUUGCCGAUGCUGUGAAGGAAUUGUGGCGUGCUGGAGGCAUACGGAGCUUAUUUGCAGGUAAUGGGUUGAAUGUGUUGAAGGUCAUGCCUGAAUCAGCCAUUAAAUUUGGAGCAUAUGAGUCUGCUAAACGCGCGUUCGCUCGUCUUGAAGGUCAUAAUGACCCUAGACAACUUGCACCGACGUCGCAGUUUCUGUCUGGAGGGUGUGGUGGAAUGGUGGCUCAAUGUUUCGUCUAUCCUCUUGACACUUUGAAGUUUCGGAUGCAAUGUGAGACAGUGGAAGGUGGUCUGAAAGGCAACAAACUCAUCGCAGCCACUGCCCGAAAGGUUUUGAACAAGCAUGGUAUACUCGGCUUCUUUCGCGGCUUGCCUCUUGGUCUUGUUGGCAUGUUUCCAUAUGCCGCCAUUGACUUAACGACUUUCGAGUACCUAAAGCGCGGAUUACUCGCACGGAAAGCUCGCCUUCAUCACUGCCAUGAGGAUGACGUCCCAUUGAACAAUUUCACCACGGGAGCCAUCGGCGCGAUAAGCGGAGGAUUCAGCGCUUCCGUUGUUUAUCCACUGAACGUCCUCCGAACACGACUACAGGCUCAAGGCACCAUUCUCCACCCCGCAACCUAUAGUAGCAUUGGCGACGUCGCUCGCAAAACCAUUCAGACCGAAGGCCUCCGCGGUCUCUACAAAGGAAUCACUCCGAACCUUAUGAAAGUUGCUCCUGCCGUAUCCAUCAGCUACGUCGUGUAUGAAAACUCGAAACGAAUGCUUGGUCUGAGGUAAAGCAAAGAACAAACAUUACGGCCUGGGCCCAGCCCAGGGAUCAAUAAAGGCUCAGACUUAUGCCCAGAGUCUGCUCAUUCCGGCUGCUUUCUCGAUCUUCCAGCUUAUUUCCAUUGAUAUUUAGAACAUUUGUCAAGAUACCCUUUCAAGCCAUUCACUAUACGGCACCCCUCUCGCUUCUGGAUGGA